AUGGGCGUGGCGCUGACCAGAUCAGCACAGUGGACUGCUGCUGGAUAUGGGACUGGAAAGCUGGAAAUCACCCCUCUAAAUGAAGCGAUAUUGAAAGAAAUUAUUGUGUUUGUGGAGAGUUUUGUCUAUAAACAUCCCCAAGAGGCAAAAUUUGUUUUUGUUGAACCACUUGAAUGGAAAACAAAUUUGGAGCCUUCAGCAUUCGAACCUGGUUAUGUUGUCAGUGAAACCAUAGUCAAAUCAGAAGAAGUUGAUAAAAAUGGACAGCCUUUGCUCUUUCUCUCUGUGCCACAAAUUAAAAUUCGGAGCUUUGGGCAGCUAUCACACUUCUUGAAUAUUGCCAAAGAUGCGAAGCUGAAGGAAACACAAGCUUGUAUUGAAGCAAACAGAGACCCUGUAGUAAAAAUCCUGGGCUCGGAUUAUGGUACAGUCAAAGAAGACUCAACUGUAUUAACUAUUCUUGAUAAAAUUACUAAAGAUGAAGAUCCUGACAGAGAGAUUAAGGUGAAGAUUGCUGUGCUGCUUAAGCAACUGGAUCUGCACCUACUCAAUCAUUCUCUAAAACAUAUUUCAUUAGAAAUAAACUUAAAUCCAGUGGCUUUUAAGAAGGAUAUAGAGAUGCUCAAACGUUUCUCAGGAAAAGGAGAACAAACAGUCUUGGAAUCUAUCGAAUAUACCUCAGAUUAUGAAUUUUCAAAUGGAUGCCGGGCCCCACCUUGGAGACAAAUUCAUGGGGAAAUUUGUUAUGUGAUGGUGAAACCACAUGAUGCUGAAACUUUGUGCAUUACUUGUAGCGCAGAAGGAGUAUUUCUAAAUGGUGGCAAAGCAGAUGAUGAGAGAGACAUUAGUUAUGAGAGACAAAGUGAAGUUUAUAAAGACCUUGUCACAUUUUUAAAAGAAAAAUCAGCAAAAUUUUCAGAAAAUAUGUCUAAACAAGAGAUUAGCUUCAGUGAAGGCAAAAAAAUGGAAAAAUAUCAGCUUGAGGAGGCACCCAAGAGGGAACAAGCUCCCACCUUCCAUAAAUCUAUUUCUGGUUCAGGCAAGAAUCCACUGGUGAAGAACCAAAUUAAUUUUGGAAAGAAUCAAAUGACCAACAGAUUAAAGCCGAGCUUAAACUGGAGGGCCACUGUUGAUUUCAAACACCGCAAAAGCUUAUUAAAAGAUAGCCAAGAGGAAAAACACGGAGUAAAACUUGAGAAGUCAAGACCAUCUGUUUCAACUGGAAGAGGACAGUUACUUCGUAAGUAUGCUGAUAGGAUUGAGGAAAUUGUUAGUGAGAGCUGCUCCUCAGAGAGUGAGGAAUGUGAAGAAUCGCCUGACCUUCGUCAGGAAGCAAAUGCAGAUUUGCCAUCGGAAUAUUGGCAAAUUCAGAAGCUGGUGAAAUAUUUAAAGGGAGGAAAUCAGACAGCCACGGUGAUCGCAUUGUGUUCCAUAAGGGAUUUCAACUUAGCUCAGGAGACCUGUCAGUUGGCAAUCAGAGAUGUUGGAGGCCUUGAAGUGUUAAUAAAUUUACUUGACACAGAUGAAGUCAAAUGUAAGAUUGGUUCAUUAAAAAUCCUGAAGGAAAUCAGUCAUAAUCCUCAAAUCAGACGUAAUAUUGUUGACCUUGGGGGUUUACCAAUUAUGGUUAAUAUACUUGAUUCUCCAUACAAGAGUCUGAAAUGUUUGGCAGCCGAGACCAUUGCGAAUGUUGCCAAGUUUAGAAGAGCCCGGCGGGCAGUGAGACAGCAUGGGGGCAUCACCAAACUGGUUGCUCUUCUGGACUGUGCGCAGAAUUCAACAAAACCUGCUCAAUCGAGUCUGUAUGAGACCAGAGACGUGGAGGUGGCUCGCUGUGGGGCACUGGCCCUCUGGAGCUGCAGCAAGAGUAACGCCAAUAAAGAGGCCAUUCGCAAAGCUGGGGGCAUUCCUCUGCUGGCUCGGUUACUGAAGACUUCUCAUGAAAACAUGCUAAUUCCGGUGGUGGGGACAUUGCAGGAAUGUGCAUCAGAGGAAAACUACCGAGCUGCAAUCAAAGCAGAAAGGAUAAUUGAAAAUCUGGUAAAGAACCUAAACAGUGAGAAUGAGCAACUCCAGCAGCACUGCGCCAUGGCCAUUUAUCAGUGUGCUGAAGAUGAGGAAACCCGGGACCUGGUUAGGCUACACGGAGGACUUAAGCCCCUGGCCAAUCUGCUCAAUAACACUGACAAUAAAGAACGGUUAGCUGCUGUCACAGGGGCCAUAUGGAAAUGUUCCAUCAGCAAAGAAAAUGUGACCAAGUUUCGGGAAUACAAAGCCAUUGAAACGUUGGUGGGACUUUUAACUGAUCAGCCUGAAGAGGUACUUGUGAAUGUGGUUGGGGCCUUGGGAGAAUGCUGCCAGGAUCACGAAAACCGAGUCCUUGUCCGGAAAUGUGGUGGCAUUCAGCCACUUGUGAACCUCCUUGUUGGAAUAAACCAAGCUCUUCUUGUGAAUGUCACAAAAGCGGUUGGUGCUUGUGCAGUAGAACCCGAAAGUAUGACGAUAAUUGAUCGCUUAGAUGGAGUUCGUUUGUUGUGGUCCCUGCUGAAAAAUCCUCACCCGGACGUGAAGGCUAGUGCAGCGUGGGCCCUGUGCCCAUGCAUCGAAAAUGCUAAGGAUGCUGGAGAAAUGGUUCGUUCUUUUGUCGGUGGUUUGGAACUUGUUGUCAAUUUACUGAAAUCAGAUAACAAAGAAGUUUUGGCGAGUGUGUGUGCUGCUAUUACCAAUAUAGCAAAAGAUCAAGAAAAUUUAGCUGUUAUUACAGAUCAUGGAGUCGUUCCUUUGUUAUCCAAACUGGCAAAUACAAAUAAUGAUAAAUUGAGGCGUCAUCUGGCUGAAGCUAUUUCACGGUGCUGUAUGUGGGGCAGAAACAGAGUGGCCUUCGGUGAGCACAAAGCAGUGGCUCCAUUAGUGCAUUACCUGAGAUCGACUGACACCAACGUGCAUCGAGCGACAGCUCAGGCCUUGUACCAUCUCUCAGAAGAUGUUGAUAACUGCAUCACCAUACACGAGAAUGGCGCGGUGAAGCUUCUACUGGAUAUGAUCGGGUCCUCUGAUGAGGACCUCCAGGAAGCUGCAGCUGGCUGCAUAUCCAACAUCCGCAGGCUGGCUCUUGCUGCAGAAAAGGCAAGAUACACUUGA